AUGGCGGAAGCGUCGUAUGAGGAAGCCAUUGCCGGUCUCAAAAAGCUUCUAAGUGAGAAAGCUGAAUUUCAGGAAUCCGCCGCCGCAAAGAUCCGGCAAAUCACCGCCGAGCUGGCUGCCACCACUGCCGGUUCAACUCACUUCGAUCCGGUCGAUAGGAUCCGAACCGGGUUCACCCAUUUCAAGAAAUCUAAAUUCGAGACGGAUCCUGAAUUGUAUGGUCAAUUAGCGAAGGGCCAAAGCCCGAAGUUUCUGGUAUUUGCGUGCUCGGAUUCCCGAGUUUGCCCCUCACAUAUACUGAAUUUUCAACCUGGGGAAGCCUUUGUGGUCCGUAACAUCGCCAACAUGGUCCCACCAUUUGACAAGACCAAAUAUUCAGGAGUGGGGGCAGCAAUUGAAUAUGCGGUAUUGCAUUUAAAAGUGGAGAAUAUUGUGGUAAUUUCACAUAGUUGCUGUGGUGGAAUUAAAGGCCUCAUGUCUAUCCCAGAGGAUGGAACCAAUUCCAGUGAUUUCAUUGAAAAUUGGGUGAAAAUAUGCACACCAGCCAAAACGAAGACGCAAUCAAAUUGUAAAGAUCUGAGUUUCGAGGAAAAAUGCACGAACUGCGAGAAGGAGGCUGUGAAUGUUUCCCUUGGAAACUUGUUAUCAUAUCCUUUUGUACGAGAAAGUGUCGUCAACAACGAACUGUUCAUACGAGGUGCACACUAUGACUUUGUCUCGGGAGCUUUUGAGCUAUGGAAUCUUGACUUCAAUCUCACACCUUCUCUAGCUGUAUGAACAAACCACCAUAUCAUACGGCGGUGGCGGUUCUCGAACUCGACUGAUGGGUUAUAUUCGAGUUUUUAUGAAUGCUCUUGUAAUACUAUAAAGAAUAAGUACUAUGAAUGGCUUGGUUCAUUCUGUUUAAGGUGAGUAUGAUAUGACGUUUAUGAUAUCAA